AGUCAAAAUAUGAGUGAGAUCAAAAUAUUAAGUGGUUCAGAGUUUAAAAAAAUCUUCACAACAAAUUAUGAAGAUUCAACACCUUCCUCUGGGGAAAAAGACAACAAGAUAAAUCAUCAUGAUGAUGAUCUAGAGUUGGAAAAAAUCUCAGUAAAAAGAUGUGCAGAUGAAAUUUCAUUUGAUAAAAAGAGUGAUAAGAUAUGUUAUCAUAAUGAUGAUCAUUCGUAUGCCAAAAAUAUAAUAACUGACUGUGUUAAUGAUGAUUGUCUAGUUGAAAUAUUCAUGUAUCUGCCAAUUUAUGAAAGACCAAAAAUAGCAUUGGUAUGCAAAAAAUGGCAAAGAGUUCUUGAUGGUUGUUGGUUUGAUAUUAAAAAAAAACUUGAAUUAAUUUAUUGGAACUAUGAUGAGUAUCCAAGUUAUUUAAAGAAAUUUCCAACAAUUGAUAGAGAAUUAAGUUUUUUAAACACACUGCUUGAUAAAUGUGGUUGUCGUUUAACAAAAUUAGACUUGACAGAUUAUUGUCAUUGUAACAUAGUGCCAAUUAUUAAUGAAUCUUGUCCAAACCUUGUACAACUUCGAUUGAGAUUCUCUGAUGUUGAUGAUGCAAUAUUAUAUAAUUCAUUUUCACGUUUAUCUAAACUACAAAAAUUGACAAUUAUAUUUCAAUUUUUUAAUGAUGAAUGUAUACCUGCUAGUUUAAUUAAUUCAUUGAGAAAUGUUGCUGGUACAUUGACUGAUUUGAAUCUGUUGAUUUGGAUGUAUGGCCAGAUGGGCUACCAAAAGAUUCCAGAAGAAGCCACUUGUGUGAUUCCUGAAUUAAAAGCCUUGAAAAUAUUUGGAGUUGCUGGUAUAACUAUUCCCCAAGCUUUAUGUGACUAUCUGACAAAUAAUGAAAUAUUUUUCUUUAGUUACUAUCAUUAUUACCGUUACAAAAGAGAUCAUGAUUUUAAUAUAAAUAAGGAUUUAGAUUUGUCACAGUUCCGAGUUACAGAUGAUAGUUUGUAUAUUAUUGCCAAUGUCAAGAUGUACCUACAAGUACUAUAUGUAUUUUGUGAAUGGAUAACCGAUGAUGGUGUAGUAGCAAUUUCAAAGAUGAAUGAGUUACAUACUCUUGAAUUUAUUGGCUGUAAUAAAGUUACUGAUUCUUCAAUUAAAUUGCUUAAAAAUUUAAGAAAAUUAAAGUUACCAUCAAGUAGUGAAAUUACUGAUUAUUCAGUGAUGAAAGUUCUUGAAAAUUCACCAAAUAUGGAAGAGCUUUAUAUUGAGGAUACAGGUGUAACUAUUGAAUUUAUAAAAAAAGCAGCAGAUAUAUCAGAAAAUCGAAAACGACUUUUACGUUUAUUUUAUUCAAGCGAUACAUUUAUACCUGAUGUAAAACAGUAUAAAUCGCAGUAUUUUGAUAUUCGUAUAAUUCAAGAAAAAAAACAAAAUAUAACAGCAAGUGCUGAUGUAAAUUGUAUGUUCAUAGAAAAUAUAAAAGCACAUUUCUCGUGAGUGGGCUUGGCUCUGAUUCAACAAUCAUAGAUUAAAAAAAAUAAAUAAA